UAAUACUCAGCAGGUGUUUUCAGAUCUUCCCUUUAAGUGGUGUUAAUGGAUUGUUUACCUAAGGGUUGAAAACCGGUUGUUUUCCGGUUCAGUUACCGGUUCAACAGAAUUUUAGAACCGGUUUUCAAUCCCCACUCUUAUUUCUCUUUUCUUCGUUCUUCACUUCGUUACGCCGCACUUCAAGUCUUCAACACACAGACCACUUCGUCACUCAAUCUUCCCUCCGAACCAUCUCAGACCACUUCACUUCGUUCGUCGGUCUUCAGCUUCUCCACCGUCCGUCACUCUCAAAUUAGAUAUACCAGUCAGCUUCGUCAGUCUUCAGAACAAGUAAAGAUGCAGCACGAUGAGGUUAUAUGGCAAGUUAUCAGGCACAAUCACUGCAGUUUCAUGGCCAAAAUCGAGACGGGGAAGUUCUGUAGAAACCCGUAUAACGUAACUGGCAUUUGUAACCGAAGCUCUUGCCCUCUCGCUAACAGUCGAUAUGCCACCAUUCGUGACCAUGAUGGUGUAUUUUAUUUAUAUAUGAAAACCAUAGAAAGGGCUCACCAACCAAACCAAUUGUGGGAAAGGGUUAAGUUGCCAAGGAAUUAUGAGAAGGCACUUGAAAUUAUUGACAAACAUCUGAUGUAUUGGCCCAAGUUUUUGGUACACAAAACAAAGCAAAGGUUGACUAAAAUGACUCAGAUGCGGAUUCGCAUGAGAAAGCUUGCUUUGAAAACAAGGGAAAAGAUUAUGACGACUCCUAGGAAGGAGAAGAAAAGGGAGGCUAGAAGAGAGGAAAAGGCCGAAAAGGCAGCAGUUUUGGAUAAGAGUAUUGAAAAAGAAUUGUUGGAGCGCCUGAAGAAAGGGGUUUAUGGUGACAUAUAUAAUUAUCCUGCUGACAAAUAUAAUGAGAUCCUUGAUAAGGAACAACUGGCUGCUAGUGAUUUGGAAGAUGAUGAGGAGGAAGCUGAAAUAGAAUAUGUUGAAGGGUAUGAUGAUCUUGAAGAGGAGGAGGAUAUGGAAGAUUUUGGUGGUCUUGCAAUUACUAAGUUCCAUUCAGAUGAUGAUGAUGUUGGAGUGGAUGAUGAUGAUGAUGAGGAAACAGUAGCAGUUGAUCGCAAAAGAGAGAGAAGAGAAUCUAACUUGGCUUUGAGAAAGCUUGAGAAAGAUGAACCUGGUGCCAAACUAAAGAAGAAAGCAAGGGUACUUGUUGAGGUUGAGCAAGAAGAUGCGGAUGAGAGACAAAAAGCAGUCCUCCACUGAGAGUGUCAAGUGUAUUGCUUAAAUUUGAUUUCUUAACGAGUAACAGUGUCCAUUUUACAGUCAUAAGAUAUAACUGUACAGAUUGGUGGUGAGAGGAAACGCAAUUGUUGUACUGUUGAGUUGCGCUAGUAUGCAAAAUUUUGACCCAGUGUUUGAGAGAUACUUUCUUAAUUACCAUUCACUUCUGUUUUGUUUUUCCAA